AUGGGAUCCGAAGCUCCGAUCUGCGUCAACGAUGAAAAAUCAAAGAAUCCGUUCUCUACACGCGUAAUGCGUAAGAAUGACAACCGAUGGGCAAGAAUACAUUUCGCUUUGGCACAAUAUCAUUCAUUUGCUGACGUGAUCAACUACUUGAAUGCAUUAGCGCUUACCUAUCCCGAAAAGGUCUCCGUAGAGCCGAUCGGAACCACACACGAGGGUCGACAAAUUCCACUGAUCAAGAUUACCAACAAACGUCUGGUAGGGCCGAAGAAAGGUAUUUGGAUCGAUGGAGGAAUUCAUGCACGUGAAUGGAUUUCACCGGCGACUGUGCUCUACUUCAUCCAUAUGCUCGUCACCCAAUACGACAAAGAUCCACAAGUGCAACAAUUUGUCGACAACAUAGAGUGGUACAUCGUGCCGUUAUUAAAUCCAGACGGUUACGAAUACUCUCGUAGUAGCAGCAAUCCAGAAAUCCGUUUAUGGCGUAAGAAUCGCAGUCCGCCCAAGUGCAUUCAGCAGAGCACAGGCCUAUUUACCGUUCCACAAACCGUUUGCUGCCAAGGUGUCGAUCUUAACCGCAACUUUGACUGGUUCUUCGGUCAAGUUGGUUCGUCCACUGACCCUUGCUCGGAGAUCUAUCAGGGAGCGUACGCCUUCUCCGAACCGGAAACGGCUUCCGUUCGUGACUUUCUCCAGCGUCAUAAGGUGCACACUUUUCUCACAUUUCACUCCUAUUCACAGAUUCUGAUGUAUCCAUUUGGUCAUCAAAUCAGGACCUACUCGAGUGACUUCAAUGACUUGCGAUCGACGGCUCUGAGCGCAUCAUCUCACUUGCAGCGAAUGUUCGGGACCACUUACAAAGUUGGCACUGGUGCCGACACAUUGUAUCCUGCUUCUGGUGGUUCAGAAGAUUGGGCAAAAGGUAGAGCACGUGUGAAGUAUUCAUACUUGUUUGAACUAAGGCCUGAGGAACAGGUCUGGGAUGGCUUUUUGCUUUCUGAAAAUCAAAUCAUGCCAACAGCGCGGGAGACGUGGGAAGCUGUCAAGGUGAUCGCUUUACAAACUAUGGCAUUACCAGUCGUUGCUCGUCAACGACAUUGUGUGGAUCGCGACGCAUUGUGUGCUAGUUGGGCUGAGAGUGGAGCCUGUUCGUCAUGGCCGGAAAUGAAGCAGCGCUGUCCAUUGUCGUGCGGUGUCUGCUUAAAGUAG